UAUCUUUGUCUGGGUGUUCAGCAACUGCAGGAGGGCCUUCACAUUGAUUCAUGGCUGGUGUCAGGGUAGAGCUGUUGCUGCUGCAGGUCCUGACUGUGACUCUGCUGGUUUCAGUAGAGGGAUGGGCGCGGAUCAAGAAAAUUCAACGUCCCUCGCCGGAUGACCGCAGGGAGGACGACAGCGGUGAAGAUGCAGUUCUUGAGGAUUCAUUGCUUCAAGUUGAAGGUGCCAGUGGAAACUUCUACAAUUUUGCUAACCAUGGAGACCAGAUUGAUCCAGUAGAUUCUAGUCCAAGAACAUGGCGCAGAGGUACUGAUAGUAGUUUCCAGAUGGAAUUUGACAAUAUCCCUUCAAGGAGCCAGACCAGCGGUACCAGUCAGCGUCGGACUGGGCUAGAUGUGGUUUGCAGUGACGUUGGCUUUCAAAUUACUGUGCUGAAAGGUUCAUUAAGUGAAGUUAAAGUUGUGGGCUCAAAGGACCUGCUGUCGGUUAUGGAUGCUCCAGAGUCUUGUGGUUAUGAAGUGAACCCUUUGACUAACACCUUGGCUGUACCCUUUACCGGGUGCCAUGUGAAACGGAGUGACCACUACAGCCUGCAAUUGUUGUACGUCAACGCGUUUGAUCAGACACAAGUUGCUACCGCAUCUUGUGAGAGAAGCCCGAAGGUUGACCCAGGCGUAUAUCCUCGCUCCAGUGGCCAAUCCUAUCCCACAUUUAAGCGCAUUGAGCCAAUCCGAGCGCGGCCCCAACGGCCUGCAUGUCCGCAACGGCCUGGAUCGCCCCUAGGGCCCCAACGGCCUGCAUGUCCACAACGGCCAGGCUCGCCGCAAGAACCUUCAUUGCCCCUAGGGCCUGGCUCACCCCUAGGGCCUGGCUCACCCCUAGGGCCUGGGUCACCCCAAGGGCCUUCUUACCCGCAACAGCCUGGCUUUCCCCUAGGGCCUGGGUUGUCCCAAGGGCCUUCUUCCCCGCAGCAGCCUGGCUCACCCCUAGGGCCCGGCUUGCCGCAAGGGCCUUCAUUGCCCCUAGGGCCUGGGACACCACAAGGGCCAGGCUCGCCCCAAGAACCUUCAUUGCCCCUAGGGCCUGGCUCGCCCCAAGGGCCCCAACAGCCUGGCUCGCCCCUAGGGCCCGGCUUGCCGCAAGGGCCUUCAUCCCCACAACAGCCUGGCUCGCCCCAAGAACCUUCAUCGCCUCUAGGGCCUGGGUCACCACAAGGGCCUGGCUCGCCCCAAGAACCUUCAUUGCCCCUAGGGCCUGGCUCACCCCAAGGGCCCCAACAGCCUGGCUCACCCCAAGAAACUUCAUUGCCCCUAGGGCCUGGGUCGCCCUUAGGGCCUGGCUUGCCGCAAGGGCCUUCAUCCCCACAACAGCCUGGCUCGCCCCAAGAACCUUCAUCCCCGCAACAGCCUGGCUUGCCCCUAGGGCCUGGCUUGCCGCAAGGGCCUUCAUCCCCGCAACAGCCUGGCUCGCCCCAAGAACCUUCAUUGCCCCUAGGGCCUGGGUCGCCCCAACAGCCUGGCUCACCCCUAGGGCCUGGGUCGCCCCAAGGGCCUUCAUCCCCACAAGAACCUUCUUUGCCCCUAGGGCCUGGGUCGCCCCAACAGCCUUCAUCCCCACAAGAACCUUCUUUGCCCCAAGGGCCCCAACAGCCCCAACAGCCUGGCUC